AGAGUGCGCAAGUGUGCGCGACAGUGGCGGGUUAACCUCUAAUGGGUGAUACUUUAGCGGGUGAGAGAUUUUCGAUGUUGCGCCCGUAUCUCGAGUGUCUCGAUCUCUAUUGUGUUUAAAUAAACAAUAUUAGGGGACAUCAGAUUUAGAAAGCCCGGUUCCGUUAGAAUUAAAGACGUAUCCGUGAAGCCGGAGUCCCGGCUGUGUAACUCAACAAUGAUCGAUUGUUUAAAAUUGUUGAUUUUGAUGAUUGUCCACGUUUCAUAUCAAUGCCACGUAGCCGGUACACAGGUACUUCAUAUUCGGGGUAUAACACCUUCUAUGACGGCUUUAUAUUCCCCAGAUCGAGACUUUGAAUGUUUGGAUGGCAGUUUAAGAAUUCCUUACACGUAUGUUAAUGACGAUUAUUGCGAUUGUGGUGAUGGUAGCGACGAACCAGGAACUGCAGCAUGUAGUAAUGGUUCAUUUUAUUGUCGCAAUGCCGGACAUCAAGGAAGCUUUAUUCCUUCGGCAUGGGUCAACGAUGGAUUCUGUGAUUGCUGCGAUGCCAGCGAUGAAUUUGGAUCUGGAAAGGAAUGCGUGGACAAUUGCCACGAGCUCGGCAAAGAAGCUAGAUUGGAAGCACAGAAGGCAGCGGAGCUGGCUCGAGAAGGCAGUAAGAUUCGCCAAAGCAUGAUAACCAGGGGUAAACAGAUCAAAGGAGAGUUUGAGACUAGAUUGGUCAAGCUUCGGACGGAUUACGAAGAAGCUGAACUUACAAAAAAAGAGAAGGAAGCUUUAAAAACACAGGCAGAAGUAAAGGAGAACAUCGCAUUACAAAAGUACAAACCAGCGGAACCAGAGCAUUUAACUCCUGAAACAAAGGAUGAAGAUGACGAGCAUGAGAACACGGAUGCAGAAGCAGAAGAAUAUUUCAAGUUGCUGGAUUCCGAUAAUAAUGGCAUUGUUUCUCUAAUAGAAAUUCAAACUAGAGCAACAUUCGAUAAGGAUAGAAAUGGCAUUGUUACAGAGGAAGAGGCCCUUUACUUUUUAAGCAAUCAAAAGGAACUUACCUUGCAGGAAUUUAUUGAGCUGGCAUGGUCAAAUAUCAAAGUAUUUGCAAUGCUUGAACGAGAUAUGUAUAAGCGUGCUAGUCAAGAAGAACAUGAUAUUUCGGAAGAAACUGUAGAUCAUAAUAAAGAAGAAGAGGAGGAGGAAGAAGAAGAGAUUGAAGCUGACAAUCAACAUCCUAGUAGUACCGAGAAAGAACACGAAGAACUAGAACCAGAAGUUCACUACGACGAAGAAACGCAAAUGUUAAUCGAUGAAGCUAAUAGUGCUAGAGACCGUUUCAAUGAGGCAGAAAAAGCAGUGCAAGAUUUACUGACAGAAAUUAGAAUUGUAGAGGAAAAAAUUGAGAGAGACUAUGGUACCGAAGAAGAAUUUGCAUCUUUGGAUGGGGAGUGCUUUGAGUAUACCGACUUGGAGUACGUCUAUUCUCUGUGCUUCUUUGGAAAGGCCACUCAGAGUUCAAAGUCAGGAGGCGGUGAUGUUAGUUUAGGUCAUUGGCAGGAAUGGAUUGAGUCAGAAGGGAAUAAGUAUUCAAAGAUGAAAUAUGAUAGAGGUCUUACCUGCUGGAAUGGUCCAUCUCGUUCGACAGUGGUCACCUUGAUAUGUGGUAAAGAAAAUAAGAUUGUGUCCGUGACAGAACCUAGUCGUUGCGAGUAUGCUAUGGAGUUUUCAACACCUGCUGUUUGCAACUUAAAUUCCAUUUCGGAAUCUACACACGAUGAAUUGUAAAUUGUUAUCAAUAAGUAAAUAUACUUAAACACAGUUUGGACACUGAACCCCUGCAGAAGGGACGGCUACAAGGAUAAAUGUCUGUGAUCCAAAAAAAGUAGCUACACCGUAUGAGAAUCGGAACUCGUACGCCCCUUUGGUUUUUCGUACAACAGUUUAGUGCAACUGUUACUGUAAACAGUCAACACUUUCAGAAGUCAUUAAUUUCUUAGCAAUUGUGAAUUUCUUAUUAACUUUUUAGCUUAGAACGGUUGUUAUGGGAUUAACAACCGCUAUAUGUAUGUAUUGGAGCAACUUCAUAUGAGCGCGAAUACGGAAUGUGUAAUACAAUUCGUCACUUUGACGAAAUGUUUAAAUAUUGGCGGACCCAUAGUGGUCAUCAAGAGUGUCAUGGGUUACGCGUUCCGCAAAUUCCACAUUUCUUUUUAAAGCCGUUCUUGGCGUCAGAGAAGUAACAAUGUAAUUAAGUAUCGAUCGAUUGUUCUUCAGAAAAUCCUAUAAUUUUUAAUUUUAUAUUAUUUAAGGUAAAGGUUGUGAAGUUGGUCAUGAAAAGUGGUAAUAUAAGCAGGACAUCUUCUACGCUAAUCAUUCGUCCUUGCGAACAGCAAUUCUCGCAGAUGUAGCUUCAAAGGGGCGUAACGAGUAAUUACUCAAUUUCCUGAGUCAUUCCAGUGUCAAAGUUAAAAAAUUGGAUAAAUUGAAUCCGUCAAUUUUAUGUUCAAUAUGCUCAAGCGAAGUACUGCCGCCGCUUUCUCUCGUAACAUACAUCACUGUUAACAUUCCCGUUUCGUACACACGACAAACUUUUGAAGGACGUUUUUAAACGAAUUUGCAAGAAAUGAAAAAAAAAGAAAAAACCGCGAAGACAACGCGAGUCGGAAUACGGUUUUACUCCCUUUUCACGUCUUCGCGAGGACGUGUAUGUAUGAACAUAAACAACUGUACUUCGAAAGCAGUAAGCGCUCAUUGUGGAAAUCAUGUUUUGUAAUUUUUUAAAAACUCUUUCGAACGCGUACGGAUUUGGGUAAUAAAGGAAAAGAUACGUUUCUGUCAGAACUAUA